GGGGGCGGGGCGGGCGUGCGGGGCUCGGGCUCUGCGCUCGGGGGCGACCCGGCCGGCCCGCGGCAACUUGUCCUGUCCCGUGGUCUCGGCGCGAGUGGCCCCGGCGCCCCGGCGGAGCACCUGCUAAGCGGCGGGAGGGCUUGAACCUCCGGGACCCGCGCCUCCCGACGCGGAAAAGUUGCCUUGGGCCGCCUGUGCGACACCGCAAGCCCUCGCUUCCUUUCGGCGUCUCGGUGACAGGGCUCUGGGCUUGGAUCCGGAGGGACUGCGUUUCCCACAGGUCGGAGCGCACCAAUAUGAAAAGGCAGCCCUGCCAGGAGGAGUGAUGGUCAGUGACCCUGCGCAGGCUGGGUGUUCAUGCUCAUGCCUCAGGACGCCUACAAGAACAUUGCGCCAGCUACUGGACCAGCUUUGCAUCCACUUAGUGCCCCUCUUUGCCUGAACUGGUGACGCCGGCAAACCACGAAUGGCUACCCAAAGGAAACACUUGGUGAAAGAUUUCAAUCCUUACAUCACCUGCUACAUCUGUAAAGGCUAUCUGAUCAAGCCCACAACAGUGACAGAAUGCCUCCAUACAUUCUGUAAGACCUGUAUUGUCCAGCACUUUGAAGACAGCAAUGAUUGUCCGAGGUGUGGCAACCAAGUUCAUGAAACAAAUCCAUUAGAAAUGUUGAGGUUGGAUAAUACAUUGGAGGAAAUUAUAUUUAAGCUGGUACCUGGACUACGAGAACAAGAACUUCAGCGUGAAUUGGAAUUUUGGAAGAAAAAUAAACCUCAAGAAAAUGGACAAGAUGACAUUUCAAAGGUUGAUAAAUCUAAAGCAGAUGAAGAAGGAGAUGAAAACCAAGAUGAUAAAGACUACCAUAGAAGUGACCCACAAAUUGCUAUCUGUCUGGAUUGUUUACGAAAUAAUGGGCAGUCGGGGGACAAUGUAGUGAAGGGUCUCAUGAAGAAAUUCAUUCGAUGUUCUACACGAGUCACUGUAGGAACUAUUAAAAAGUUUCUAAGUUUAAAACUAAAACUUCCAAGUUCUUAUGAGUUGGACGUGCUGUGCAAUGGUGAAAUUAUGGGGAAGGAUCAUACUAUGGAAUUCAUCUAUAUGACAAGAUGGCGACUAAGAGGAGAAAAUUUUCGCUGUCUGAACUGCUCAACCUCGCAAGUCUGCUCUCAGGAUGGCACUUUGUAUCAGUCGUACCCUAUGGUAUUGCAGUACCGACCAAGAAUUGAUUUUGGGUAGGCCGAGGGGCCCAGCCUGCACGGAAGGAACCCUGCACUGUUUGUUUACUCGUCGACAGAUUGCACAGUGACGGUGUGUGGACUCGGAGACACAGUCUGAUUGUCAGCAUGCACAUAAGGCAUCGUCUGUCUUGAAAUUGUCAGUUUCCUUCAUGUCGUUUCUCUUAGGAGCAAUCCAAGUGCCCUUCUGCUACUGACCAUCUGCAUAAGAUACUCGUCUCGUCUCACAGUGUGCAAGGCACGGCUGGACUCGGUUAGGUGUGCAGCCGUGACUCUGCUUUCUCAAUAUUUUGCUUGCCUGUUGCAAGAUUGUUCUAAUGUUAAUUACACUAGUAAAAUGGCUCAAUCCUUGUGGUGUUGCAGUUUUCACAUACUUAAUACUUUUAUUCUUGUUAAAAUAGAGUACUGUACAAGAACCUAGUAUAAUUAUAUCUUGAAAUUAUUUUGUAUAAGAAUAUAUUUAGAAAAGUGGUUUCUGAACCACUGUCCUAUUCUUGGUAAACUUUUAUGUAAAAAAGAAUAAACAGCCAAAAAAAAAAAAAAACCAAAAUACCAGCUCAUUCUUGAGUGUAAGUCCUUUUGUGAAGAAUUCCAGUUACCUUUUGACCAGAGCACAUUACAAUGUGAGAUACCCUGAAAGGUCUGGGUAGUCUCUGCCAUUGCACAGGAAGGCAUAUUAGCCCUUCACAUUGAAAACAUAUAUGAUUUGGACAACUGAAGUUCAUAACGUUGGCAGCUGAUCAUACUGACUUCUAAUAAAUUAAUGUGUGAGUAUGUUGACGUCUGUUACUGUCUUAGGGAAGUGGGUGUUGCUUACAAAACUCCAUUGGUUGUCUGGCCCAUGUUGUGUGCAUCAUUGCAUUGUUGACGCCGUUCUUUGAAGUAUCGUUUCUUCCAAGUUGUCCUUAGGCGUGUGUUGUGGCAUGCAGAGGGUUGUGUAUGAUGGUUUUAAAUACUAAGACGUUAGAUAAUAUUCGCUCAUUUAUGGAUUUCCAAAAUCUCAAAUUACUGAUCCAGAUUGUUAGCUGCACAGCACAUAUCCAAACCAUACGCACAAAACAAAAUAAAUGCCAUGUAGUAGAUAAAUAUUCUAACCAAAAUUAGUGGUUUGGGGUAGUUUAUUAGGUUACUAUAGUAAACAGGAGAAGUGGGAUUGUUGUUUUAACUGUGAGUUCAUUAAAGGUGGGUGUACCAGAAGUGAGAACCGUGAUGGUGUACUUGAUGUUGGCAAUUUGCUUCCAUCUUCCAUUCAUUUUAAAAUUAGCCUGCAAGUCAGGUCCUCUGUUACCUUAUUACAUGAGUAACAUUUUAGCUCUUGUAAAAUACAUAGUUGAAAAAGAAAACUGUGGAAUAUGUCAGUUGGUUGCUUUGAAACAAGUUAACUUCUGAGGGGUGGGGAAAUGAGGGAAGAUGACCGCUUAUAGAAAUCUGACGAGCACUGCGUGUUCACACAUCGUUGUUAAGACUGAACAUGGGUGCUCUAUGCUUUCCAGCAAAAUAUGUCAUAAGCUAAUGCUUUCUGGAUUCCAGAGUGCGCCAUAGAAAUAAAACAUACAGCCCUAAGAAAUAACAAAGUGCAGCUCAAUCUUGGCAUAUUUCAUAAUAUAAAAGUUUAAAAGUUUGGGAUUAUUUUUCCUUUUAUCUUUUUUUUUCCAAGUCAAAAAGUGUAUUAAAGUUCGCUGCAUUAGAAGACCACAGCAUCUUUAACUUUAUCUUGUUAGAAUGGCCGUUCCUGGAAGAACUCACAAGCAGGGCUUAAAAGGCAGUUCAUUUACUCUAAAGUUUAGAGACGAUCAUUAUACUUGACAAAAAAAAAAAAAACAAUUUAUUAUCUGGCUAUAGAAAUGAUUUUGACAUUUUAUAAAACCUAGUUGCCCCUAAAAAAAUUUUAAAGAUACUAUAUUUGUCAUGUUUAGAUAAGUGUAUUUUAAAUAUGGAGGUUAAUUAUAAUAAACUUAAGUCAAAAUCAGUUUUGAAAGCCACACGCUGACUCAGCUGUUUGGCUCCCCAACCAAAACUUAAGGCCAUAGGUGAAUUAAAUAUAUAUGAUUACUUUAAAUUUUGCUAGUUGCCUGACAUGUUACGACUAUUUUCCAAGGGAUACAUAGGAAACAGUUAAUAAAACAGCCGUUUUAUAAAAAUUCUUCUUUAUUUAAUGUUAUGCAUUGGUGUUUUCACUGAGAUGCAAUAGAGUAUGUGCCAAAACACACCAUUAAGGACGGCUGAUGUCAUAUGGAAACAUGAGUAAUGUGGUAUUGCUGGUGGCAUCGGGCUUUUUCAGCCGCCUCCUCUGGUACAUCAGCCAAGUGUGGAACAUUUCCUUGACUGGUGUGACACGUACCCGCUGUGGGAAACAUGAGCAGGCACUGUUUGUGGCCAGCUUUACAUGUACAGGGUUUCUUUAGCAUGACCCAGUGUAUUUAAAUAAUCUUCAGGAAUAGCACUCUGGAUCUAUACACUUAAGAAUAAAUGAACAUUAUUCUUCAAUCUGUUGUUCCUUAAGCAAUAAACUAAAGAAUUCUACUCCAGAAAAGAUUUUGUUACCUGUUUUACCUGCCUUAAAAAUCAGACAUAAAGAGACCAAGGAAUCUUGGCUAUAAAAAUGCCUGUGGUCUGUAAGAAUCUCUUUAAAUUGCAGUAAUCACAUAAUAGAGAAAUGAAAACGUCCUUUUCCAAGCUUAAAAAAUAAACUAAAAGGCUCAUUGAUGAGGUUAUAUUAAGUCUGAGAUUUGGGUAUCGAGAAUAAUGGUUUUUGGCAGCUUUUACAUAUUCCUUAUUCACCAAGCAUCUGCCCCAUACUAGUGUGUUUCACGGGACAAAUGCAGUGAGCACAGAAGAAAGAACCCAGUGUGUUAUAUAAUGUGAACCGUUAAGCUUUACUGACUGUUUAAAAGAAAGUGCCUCAUUGCUAAAGUGCAUUCUGUUUUAGGUUUCCUGCAUAAGUCUCCAGUCAUCUAUAUCUGUCUCAUAACUGGUUUCAUAUCUAAACGGGCACUUAACAAGCUAAAGUAGUCUUUUUAGAAAGAGUUUUAUAAGAAUAUAGGUAUCACCAAAGACGUUUUAUUGUUAGUAACCAUGUUGGAGAGAGUUUGGACAGUUGAGAGGAUGGGAGCUGUUAGACUGUGACAUCGCUUACUGAAGCACUGCCCAUGAUGCACUGCGGUGAGAUUUCUGGGUGGGGCGGGUCAAGUGUCUCCGCGGCAGCCAGCAUACUCCUCUUCAGGUGUGUGCACCUUUGCUUCAGCACCAUGCAGUGGAUCUUAGAAAAUCCUCACGUGUGAGGAAGAAAGAAAUACCGUCCCCAUGAAAAUGGGUGAAAUACAGACUUAGAAAAUUUAGAUUUUUAAAUUUUAAGACGCCUUUUAUUCCAUGGAGGUGGCCUGAUGGAAAUUAUGCCUGUUUAGCUCCGGGCUUCUUGGUAGACACGCUUUAGUAGAAGUGCCGAAGGGCCUGCCUGUGUAGGACAUACAUAGUACAUCCUACUGGAUUUACAGAUGCACUUUUGCUGUUUUGAAAAGCGAAAUUCCCCAAGGGCCUGUGAUGGUCUUUUCUUUAAAAGUGACUUUCUUAGCAGUUACUUUAUUGUUAUUAAACUUAGCCAUGUGGCAAAAUUUUGACAAAAAGCACUGAAAAAUACGCACGCCAUUCUUUUUCUGGGGUUGUUGGUCUGCUCUGUGCCACCACUAAGGUAAAAUCCGCCUGAGGUGGACCAACUGCAGAGUGGAUGAAACUGCCCCACGGUCCUGUGUAGUCUGGUCUGCAAGCACUGUGCAACUGAGCCAUCCAUAUCCCUCAUCCAUUCCUCUGAUUGGAUAAGGAAUUCUCUAGAAAUCUGUGCUUUAUAUCAGUGAAACAUAAGUCUGAAUUUGCCAAAACUUCUGGGUUAGAAUCAUAAUGCCCUGAAAUGCUGUUCCGGUUGUUUACAGUGUGUAAAUCCUCUGGAGAACAGUAAGGGAUGUACGUGGUGCAUCUGCUGGGCCUGCUUCAUGGGAGCCUGAACAGAUCUCUAGAGACCAGACGCCCUUCAGAGCACAGAAUCACCACGGGGUUGGGUUUACUUGGUGGGCUUCGCUCCAGUGUGUUUUGAUUGAAAACAUGAGAUUAAGAUAAAAUGUCCUUAGUGGCUUUAAUUGGAUUAAGUUGUAGUGUUUCUCAGGUCAUUUGAAAGUCCUUCUUUUCCUGGAACAUGAUUUUCACAAAUAGUAAGUUUACACCAUAUUUUCUAGUAGAAUUAAAAUAUUUGGGCACUUUUUCAGAAAAUGAUAUAAUUUUCUGAAAAUUAAACAUUUCAAAAGAAUCGCUUUAAAUUCUCAUGCAGAUGUCCCUGUCCUCGGCCACCUUUCCAUGAUUCAAAAUGGCGGCUUUCCAGUAAGGUGUUUAUCUUAAUUGUCUUUGACUCUAGAAUCAAGGGUAACACAGAUGUGUUAACUACCAGGCCUAGCUUUCUUCAGUUUUGUAGCGCUUACUAGAAAGCCAGCUGUAGCACACGUGGGGACAUCUCCACAGUCUGGUGUAUUGACAUGGGACCAGGAGCGGCUCCUUUACACAUGGGCAUGUCUGGAGGUCACCCUAGCACUGUGGAAGGCCGGCUUUCUUUUGCAGUCUCUUUCAGAAUGGGGGUGGGGGUCUAAGUGUCCUUAUGAAGCUGUGGUCUAGGACAAGAAUGUGGGGGGAGGGGGGUGUGUUCCUUCACUUUGCUGUGCCUGUGCUCAACAGCGAUCAUUUCUUAGAAUAGCCCUUGCGGUAAAUCUAGCACAGAAUAGAUUGUAGAGUUAUGUUGCUAAUUUUAUUUUGAAAUACGAAAUAUUUUAAGCUUUUUGUCAAAAGUGGUAACAUCUUAAUACAAAUAAAAACCUUUUUGUGGUUGUAAGAUUUAGCUUAUGAAUCAUUCAAAUUGAAGUGAAAGAAUUGCCAGGUCAUUGUUAAUGACGUAGUCUAUCAAGAGUCUAUGUAUUUUUGUAAAGGAAAAGCAACUGUAGAUAUUUAAUCAGUAUAAGGUCUGUGUCUGUUCCGCAGAAAGAAAAUGCUGCUUAGAGAUUCUCUUUAAAUAUUUUUUAUUUUUGUGCUCACGUAUUUUCUGUUAAUCUAUGGAAUGUUCUGUACAAAACUGUAUGACUGUACUGUUGAGCUGGAUAGUUUUUGUUGUUGUUUUUUUAAUUCUGGGCUUAGCCAUGUAUAUUUGACCAUGUUGAAAAUAGUAUCUUUGUUAUUAAAUUUUUGAUUGCA